AUGGAAGCAUCGGGGGAUCCACGUUGGCCACAAGCCAUCGAGGGACAUGGUCGGAUGAUCAGCAACCACGACCAACGUCUAGCCAACCUGACUGAGCAGAUGUACCACUGCUCAGACUGUGGGAAGAGCUUUACUUGUAAGAUUAGCCUCAAACAACACAAGCGCACUCACAGAGGAGAGAAACGGUAUCUAUGUGAAGAAUGUGGGAAAAGAUUUACCCGUCAUAGUAAUCUCAAAGAACACAAGCACUUUCACAGAGGAGAGAAACCGUAUCCAUGUGAAGAGUGUGGGAAGAGAUUUACCCGUCGGAGUAAUCUCCAACAACACAAGCGCACUCACAGAGGAGAGAAACCGUACCGAUGUGAAGAGUGUGGGAAGAGUUUUACUUGUAGGAGUUAUCUCCAACAACACAAGCACACUCACAGAGGAGAGAAACCGUACCGAUGUGAAGAGUGUGGGAAGAGUUUUACUUGUAGGGGUAGUCUCCAACGACACAAGGACAUUCACAGAGGAGAGAAACCAUUUCAAUGUGAAGAGUGUGGGAAGAGUUUUACUUGUAGGCGUUAUCUCCAACGACACAAGCACACUCACAGAGGAGAGAAACCGUAUCGAUGUGAAGAGUGUGGGAAGAGUUUUACUUGUAGGAGUUAUCUCCAACAACACAAGCUCACUCACAGAGGAGAGAAACCGUAUCGAUGUGAAGAGUGUGGGAAGAGUUUUACUUGUAGGAGUUAUCUCCAACGACACAAGCACACUCACAGAGGAGAGAAACCGUAUCGAUGUGAAGAGUGUGGGAAGAGUUUUACUUGUAGGGGUAGUCUCCAACGACACAAGGACAUUCACAGAGGAGAGAAACCGUAUCGAUGUGAAGAGUGUGGGAAGAGUUUUACUUGUAGGAGUUAUCUCCAACGACACAAGCACACUCACAGAGGAGAGAAACCGUAUCGAUGUGAAGAGUGUGGGAAGAGUUUUACUUGUAGGGGUAGUCUCCAACGACACAAGGACAUUCACAGAGGAGAGAAACCGUAUCGAUGUGAAGAGUGUGGGAAGAGUUUUACUUGUAGGAGUUAUCUCCAACGACACAAGCACACUCACAGAGGAGAGAAACCGUAUCGAUGUGAAGAGUGUGGGAAGAGUUUUACUUGUAGGGGUAGUCUCCAACGACACAAGGACAUUCACAGAGGAGAGAAACCGUAUCGAUGUGAAGAGUGUGGGAAGAGUUUUACUUGUAGGAGUUAUCUCCAACGACACAAGCACACUCACAGAGGAGAGAAACCGUAUCGAUGUGAAGCAUGUGGAAAGAGUUUUACUUGUAGGAGUUAUCUCCAACGACACAAGGACACUCACAGAGAAGAGAAACCGUAUCGAUGUGAAGCGUGUGGGAAGCGUUUUACUUGUAGGCGUUAUCUCCAACGACACAAGGACAUUCACAGAGAGAAACCAUUUCGAUGUGAAGCGUGUGGGAAGAGUUUUACCCAUCAGAGUAGUCUCAAACAACACAAGCACAUUAACAGAGGAGAGAAACCGUUUCGAUGUGAAGCGUGUGGGAAGAGUUUUACCCGUCACAGUAGUCUCAAACAACACAAGGACAUUCACAGAGGAGAGAAACCAUAUCAAUGUGAAGCGUGUGGGAAGAGUUUUACCCAUCAGAAUAGUCUCAAACGACACAAACACAUUAACAGAGGAGAGAAGCCGUAUCACUGUGAAAAGUGUGGGAAGAGCUUUAUUUGUAAGAAUAGUCUCAAACAACACAAGCCCAUUCACAGAGGAGAAAAGUCGUAUCAAUGUGAAGAGUGUGGGAAAAGCUAUACUUCUAGGAGUAAUCUCCAACAGCACAAGCACACUCACACAGGAGAAAAACCGUAUCGAUGUGAAGAGUGUGGGAAGACGUUUACUCGUCAGAGUAGUCUAAACCAACACAAGGACCUUCACAGAGGAGAGAAACCGUAUCAAUGUGAAGAGUGUGGGAAGACAUUUACCCAUCAGAGAAAUCUCCAACAACACAAGCGCGUUCACAGAGGAGAGAAACCGUUUCAAUGUGAAGAGUGUGGGAAGAGUUUUACUUGUAGGGGUAGUCUCCAACGACACAAGCACACUCACAGAGGAGAGAAACCGUAUCGUUGUGAACUGUGUGGGAAGAGUUUUACUUGUAAGAGUAGUCUCAAACGACAUGAGCGCAAUCACACAGGACUAAUGACUAAUUAAUGACUCUAAGCAUGCAAAUAUUCGGACAAAGAGCAUUUGAUGUAGAUCUAGGUUAAUUUAAUCUUGAGUGAAUUUAGACUUUGGCGCACGGUGGCUUAGUGGUUAGCACUUUCGCCUCACACCUCCAGGGUCCCUGGAGUGUGUGUGUGCGGAGUUCGCAUGUUCUCCCCGUGCUGCGGGGGUUUCCUCUGGGUACUCCGGUUUCCUCCCCCUAGUCUAAAGACAUGCAUGGUAGGUGUGUCUAAAGUGUCCGUAGUGUAUGAAUGUGUGUGUGAGUGUGUAUGUGAUUGUGCCCAGCGAUGGACUGGCACCCUGUCCAGGGUGUAUCCCGCCUUGUGCCCAAUGCUCCCUGGGAUAGGCUCCAGGUUCCCCGUGACCCUGAAAAGGAGUAAGCGGUAGAAGAUGGAUGGAUGGAAGAGAACAUCUUGUCACCCCAGAUGAUACGCUGCUUCUCUGUCUGCUGAUGCAACCAACGCGGCCACUUAUAUUGCACCAGUUCAUACUGGAAACCACAGGCUUCAGCCAUGUUGGGAAUGGACUCCUACACACACACCCACACACCAUUACAGUGAUGAGUGGUAGAAAAAAAAAUAGGCCCAAAUAUUGUCUCCUAGCAACACAUUUGACAAUGUUAAAUAAUUCAUCAUAUGCAACUGCUGAUUUAGUGUCAAAACCUUAUGAAAUGUUGGCCUAUUUUUCUAUAUGAACUGUGGACAAUCAGUAUUUACCGUUGUUCAGGUAUUACAUGGUUAAAGAACC